CCGAAAGUCGCCUUCUAUGCACUCCCGUUUUAUAGGGAAUGGCGAGUUCUUACUUCGCCUAGAUAUACCUCUCGUACUUAGCUCCUCGUCUUCCCACUCUUCCAAAUCCCAACAUCUGGAACUUGUGCUCCUCCACAUUCCGGCUUCGAUGGCAGCGUCGAAGGUAUUGGUGGAGUACGCGAAAUCCAGCCGAUCCUCGUGCAAAAUCUGCAGCAAGAACAUAACUGCUGGUUCCCUUAGGAUGGGAUUCUCGACCAAGGACCCUAGAGGAUUUGACUCGGUGAGAUGGCAUCAUUUGAACUGCUAUGCUAACUCCCACCCACUCGGUACAGUGGAGGAAAUUAAGGGUUUCUUUUCAUUGAAGGGCUCUGAUCAGGAGUCUCUGAGGAAACUGGUGGCCGAACCAACUUCAUCUCAGUCCCUGGAUGGUGAUAACAUGAAGGAGAUUGAAGAAUCACAUGAGAUGGAAGUGAAAAAAAGAAAGCUAUUGGGAGCUGAAAAUAAGAAAAAUCUGGAGGUUAAAUUUUCUCUUUCUGAUGUCAAGAAUAAGUACAAGGAUGCUAACCUUCCACCAAACUGGAAGGCCUUCAAUACUAUCAUUUUUAAUGAACGGGAGGAAGGUCUUCACGAUACAGAAAAAAUUGCUGCAUUUGAUUUUGAUGGAUGUCUUGCUAAUACAUCUGUGAAAAGAAUUGGUGCAGAUGCUUGGUCUCUUAUGUAUGCAUCCAUUCCAGAGAAGCUGCAAGAGCUCUAUAACGGAGGCUAUAAACUGGUUAUUUUUACAAAUGAGUCCAACAUAGAGCGCUGGAAAAAUAAGCGACAGCAAGCUGUCGAUUCCAAAAUCGGUCGACUUGACAGCUUUAUUAAGCUUGUAAAAGUCCCAAUUCAGGUAUUCAUAGCUUGUGGAUUAAGGAAUGGCAAGAUGGAGAGUGAUGACCCCUUUCGCAAGCCAAUGACUGGAAUGUGGAAAAUUUUUACCGAGCAUUUCAAUUCUGGCAUAGCCCUUGACAUGGACCAGUCCUUUUAUGUUGGUGAUGCAGCUGGAAGAACAAACGACCAUAGUGAUGCCGACAUCAAAUUUGCUCAGGCGGUAGGCUUAAAAUUCUAUGUUCCUGAAAAGUUCUUCCUUGCUUAAGACUUUUAGCAGCCUGGAAAUUCAAACUUCCGACACUUUGAUAGUUUUACCCCAAGAGACUUCUUAAAACUCUAGGCUUCGUUUGGGACGGUUUUUUUUGUUGUUGUUGAUUUUGAAAGCGGUCUUUUAGUAAAAAAUUAAAUAUUAGAAAGCCGCUUUAAAAACCAACAAGAAAGCACGAAGUUGUUCAAAUCGGCAAGCCCAAUGCAAAUGUAGGAUGGGAGCUGCAGAAUAUUAUAUAUAUAUGCAUGACAUUUUUGUUUUAGCUGAUUUUUUUCAAGUACA